CCUGUACAGCCACCAUCAAACUGAACCUACAAACGUCACUAAUUAGGCACCAACAUAAAGAGGAAAAGGAAAAAAAAAAUGAGCAUGUUACAGUGGCUGGUCAUCAAACCGCUGGGUAUUUUACGAAGCGCAUUUGCCUGGAUGAUCGAAAAGACCGUGCAAUCUAUACGAACCAUCAUGUCUACGAUCCCCAAAGCGACUAGAAGCGUGAUCGAGCAGCUGGUGGUGACGCCCGACAGGUGGGACUCGUACCCCACGAUCGACCGGAGUACCAUCCACAACGCUCUAUUCCGGAACACGGACACCACCACGCGAACGACACGCUGCGUGCUAACCGAUGUGACGGUGACGGGGGACUCGCGGCGCACGGAGAUCUCGCGCAGCGAGUUGACGCGGUGCGUGGUGACGCGGGCGAAGAUCUCACGGAGCCAGCUGGAGGACACGAAAGUGACGGACUGCGAGGAAGUGGGACGUACAAAGGCAACCAGGACGCAGCUGAACGGCGCUACGUCUGUGACGCGCAGUGAUCUCGACGACACGAUGGUCAUGGGCCGUAGCUCGAUGCAUCGCAGUACGGCCGUUGGGAGUGUCGUGGCGGACUCGAGCCAGGUUGAGCGCAGCACGUUGGACCGGGUGAUUAUGACGCGCAGCCGGGUGAACCGCGCGACCCUGACGAACUGCGAGAUGAUGCAGUGCGAGGUGUACAACACCACCUUCGAGGGGAUGACGCUCAAGUACGGGAUCUGGAGGGAUGGAGAUCUGGUCGGCCGGACCUGCGAGGAGGAGGUGAUCGCCCGGCCCAAGUCGACAAGCAGCAACAAUAACGAGCUUCCGCGGAUGGGCGGGAUGCCCUCAUCGUCAUCGCCAGAUGAGCCUACCGGGGAACCCUCAACGAGUAGACCCCCCGAGAAGAACGCUCAUAUCUCAGAUGGCGUGAGUGUGUCCAGCAGUUCGAGUGAGGAUGAAGACCUGGACGAACGAGGCCCGCCGCCGCCAUACUCUGACUACCAUCCUGAACCUGCGAGGAGCUUCCGGGUUGGGAAUGUCAUUGUGGAGGGUGCUGACGACGAGAAUGUUCGUCUCUUUUUUGGAAACGUGCAUGCGCGGGAACUGAUGUAGUCUCUAUAUUUAGUCAAUUCAUACGGGGUAUACGGAUAGUCAAGAUAUGCCGCUCAACUGCAUGAUGUUGAGUACUCCGUACCUAGUAGGUAGUAGAUUACUUCGUACCCACGCUUUCAAC